UCAAAACUCAGUUAGUUAAACAAAAAGAAGGGGGAGACAGUAAGGAGUGUACCUCUCCUCAGAUGCAGCUUAACCUAGCACUCUAUACUUUAAAUUUUUUAAACAUUUAUAGAAAUCAGACUACUACUUCUGCAGAACAGCAUCUCACUGGUAAAAAGAACAGUCCACAUGAAGGAAAACUGAUUUGGUGGAAAGACAACAAAAACAGGACAUGGGAAACAGGGAAGGUGAGAACCUGGGGAAGAGGUUUUUGCUUGUGUUUCACCAGGAGAAAAUCAGCUUCCUAUUUGGAUACCCACUAGACAUUUGAAGUUCUACAAUGAACCCAUCGGAGAUGCAAAGAAAAGCGCCUCCACGGAGACGGAAACACCGCAAUCGAGCACCAUUGACUCGCAUGAUGAGUCAAGCGGUGAUAUCAGAAAAACAGAUGAAGUCACCACACACCAAGAAGGCAGAGCUGCCGACCUGGGCACAGUUAAAGAAGCUGACACUGUUAGCUAGAAAAAGCCUAGCUAGCACAAAGUGUGCCGGACCAGUCGAAGAAUCCUGCACCAAAAUCGAGAGAACGAACUAGCCUUCAUCGCCAUGGCACAUUUAUAUAGAGGAAAAGGGAG